AUGAACGUAGCAGUGCUGACGCGGCGGGAUAUGGCAGCGGCGCCGAUCAACCGUCUGCUGAAGUGGCUGGCUGUUGCUGAUGUCUUCGUCAUGCUGGAAUACGUACCUUUCUCUAUUUAUAAAUACCUGCUCCUACCUGAAACACUGGAUUUCUCCUACUCUUGGGCGAUGUACCUACUCUUCCAUAUGCAUUUUGCCCAGAUUUUGCAUACGGCUUCAAUAUGCCUUACACUAUCAUUAGCUAUAUGGAGAUAUAUAGCAAUAAAAUAUUCAGAUAGAAGCCACGUCCUUUGUACGGAGCGCCGGUGCAGUAUUGCAAUACUCAGUAGCUUCAUUUUGCCGCCGAUAUUAUGCAUACCGACGUUUAUGGUAUUUGACAUUCACACCAAGAAUGUCAGCGACACGCAGGGUUCUGGACUAGUGUACCACCUAGAUUCAAAUAACCAGGGUAGCUUGUACCAGAUCAACUUCUGGGUGCACUCUGUGGUGAUAAAGCUCCUACCCUGCUCAAUACUGACGGUGAUAAGCUUGUGGCUGAUUCGAGCGUUAUAUAACGCGAACCAGCAUCAGAAAAACUUGAGGAACUACAGCGCGUGCCCAGCCGCUGAGAAAAUGGUAAAACGCCAGCAUAAAGCCGAUAAGAGAACAGAUAGAACGACGAAGAUGCUUCUCGCUGUGUUAUUGCUGUUCUUGGUCACGGAGCUGCCGCAAGGAAUUUUGGGUCUUAUGAGUGGCUUACUAGGGGCGUGUUUUUUUAAACGUUGCUACGGACUGUUUGGAGAAUUAAUGGACUUCCUUGCACUGUUGAAUGGAGCUAUCAACUUCAUCCUGUACUGCUCGAUGUCCAGGCAAUUUCGGCAGACGUUCCGACAGUUGCUGCUGCAGAAACACUUCGCGAGGUUCCUUCCUGCCACCGCGUCGCAUUCCGAUUCGCAUAACCAGAAUACGUACACAGAAAAAAUAAAAAGCAUGAAAACAUCGAUACCUUGA